AUGAGUCCCUCGACCGUGGUUAGCGUAUGGGACGAGGAGACGAAGCCAACGUGGUAUAAAGGCGUCAGGCACACGAUCGGCAUCUUAUUACUUCUAGCGACUGUCUUUUUAUGGACUGCAUCGAAUUUCCUUGCAUCGACAAUCUUCGCCGACGAUUCCUACUCCAAACCCUACUUCGUCACCUAUACCAACACCGCAUUUUUUCUUUUACCAUUGAUACCCAUAUUUUUACGGCAUGUGUGGGACGACCGAUCAACUAUCGCAUCAAAUUUCUCGCAGAAGACCCCAUUCCUCUCCCAAAUACAAGACCUUCUCGAGCGCCCUGUGGGCCGAUAUAAGUUACUGCGCGAUCAUGAAACACCAUCAACAUCGGCUGCAUCGUCAAUAGCCUCCAAGUCUCGACAGCACGGAGACGACCAAUCUGCCGCCACGGAGCUGCUCCUCGGUGACGAACUCAGAAAUUCGCAGGAAUUAGAGGGAGAUGCGGAAGACGAAUGCCUAACCCUCAAAGAUACGAUUCGUGUUAGUCUUGAAUUCUGUUUUCUCUGGUUCCUGGCCAACUACUUUGCUUCUGCUUGUCUAUCGUACACGACCGUUGCUUCGUCGACCAUUCUCACAUCCACCUCUUCGAUAUGGACCCUGCUCAUUGGUGCAUUGCUCAAGGUUGAGCGCUUCACAUUGCGGAAAUUCCUAGGCGUCACAGCCUCACUAGCCGGAAUCAUUCUGAUCUCCUCAGUCGACAUUGCAGGCGACACAGACGAGAACCGCGGUUCAUUCCCACACAAAACAUCACGAGAGCUCGCAAUCGGCGACGCCAUGGCAUUUUUCUCCGCCGUGCUCUAUGGCUUCUACGCCGUCUUCAUGAAGAAACGCAUCGCCGAUGAAUCCAAAGUAAACAUGCCCCUAUUCUUCGGCCUAGUCGGCAUAUUCAACAUUGUCCUCCUUUGGCCCGGCCUCAUCAUCCUCCACUUCACCGGCAUCGAACCCUUCGAACUUCCACCCACGAAACGCAUCCUCACAAUCGUCCUCGUAAACUCCGCCUCCAGCCUCGUCAGCGACUUCUGUUGGGCCUACGCCAUGCUGCUCACGAGCCCUCUCGUCGUAACCGUGGGCCUCAGUCUCACCAUCCCGCUAAGCUUGAUCGGCCAGAUGGUCCUCGACGCACAGUAUUCCAGCGCCCUGUACUGGGUCGGCGCCGCCGUCAUGCUGCUCUCGUUCAUAUUCAUCAAUCACGAGGAGAAGAAGGACGAAGAUGAAGGCACGCAGGACGCAGCACCCGUCUUCAGCGUCAGAAAUUCGAUGUCGAGUCGCAGGGACUCCAUGCCGAGUCGACGGAAUUCGGUUCGGAGUAACAGGAGGGCGAGUGCGGUUGGUGUGUAG